CAGGCCAACAGGUGGAUACGAAACAAAGAGUUGGUGCACAAACUGAAAGUUGUCAAGAUGACGGACGCCAACUUCCUGCGCACGCUCGAGGCCUGCAUACGGACGGGAAUUCCCGUUCUCAUGGAGGACGUCGGGGAGGUGCUGGACCCUGCGCUGGAGCCAAUUUUGCUCAAACAAACAUUCAUACAGGUUUGUGGUUUUGUUUUGAUCUAG